AUGAGGUCUUCAUAUACCUUGGGGUCACAGUCUAGGUGCCCUCUUGAAGAACGGCUUCUUCAGAAAAAGAAUUCUCGGGAAAAUUUGGACAGGUUCAUACCAAAUAGGUCUGCAAUGGAUUUUGAUUUUGCUCAUUACAUGCUUACUCAAGGUAGGAAAGGUAAGGAAAACCCAUCUAGAUAUGGAAGAGACUAUAGGAAGCAGUUGGCAGAGGCUAUGAACAUGAAUCGCACUAGAAUCCUCGCUUUCAAGAACAAGCCUCCUGCCCCUGUAGAGCUUUUCCCGAGCUACUUCUCUUCUUUGCCACAGGAUAAACCGGCAAACCCUAAGCCACACAGACACAUUCCUCAAACUUCAGAGAGAACACUGGAUGCUCCUGACCUUAUUGAUGAUUACUACUUGAAUUUGUUGGAUUGGGGAAGCUCCAAUGUUAUCGCAAUAGCUCUUGCAAACACAGUUUAUUUGUGGGAUGCUACUGAUUGUUCUACUUCGGAACUGGCCAGAUUUGAUGUUGAAAGGGGACCUGUUACCAGUGUCAGUUGGGCUCUUGAUGGACGCCACAUUGCCAUUGGACUGGACAAUUCUGAAGUACAGCUAUGGGAUUCAACUGCAAAGCAGUAUCUGAGAACCUUGAGAGGUUGUCACAGAUCACGGGUAGGCUCACUAGCAUGGAACAAUCACAUUCUUACAACUGGAGGAAUGGAUGGCCGCAUUGUAAACAAUGAUGUAAGAAUUGGAUCGCACAUUGUUGAGACAUACAGAGGACAUGAACGAGAGGUUUGUGGGCUUAAGUGGUCGGCCUCAGGCCAGCAAUUAGCAAGUGGAGGAAAUGAUAACCUGCUCCAUAUAUGGGACAACAGAUCAGUGGCACCAACACAGUGGCUUCACAGGCUUGAAGACCAUACAGCUGCUGUAAAAGCCCUUGCUUGGUGUCCUUUCCAGAGAAAUUUGCUAGCUUCUGGUGGAGGUGGGAAUGAUCGGUGCAUAAAGUUCUGGAACACUCAGACAGGUGCUUGCCUGAACUCGGUCGACACUGGCUCUCAGGUUUGUGCUUUGCUGUGGAAUAUGAAUGAACGAGAACUGCUUAGCUCACAUGGGUUUACUCAGAAUCAGCUUACUCUUUGGAAAUACCCAUCAAUGGUUAGAAUUGCAGAACUCACGGGUCAUACGUCUAGAGUCCUUCAUAUGGCUCAGAGCCCAAAUGGUUGCACAGUAGCAUCAGCAGGUGGUGAAACACUGAAAUUAUGGAAUGUUUUUGGGGACCCUGAGGAGGUUAAACCAGCUCCACGACUUCCCAAAGAGCCUUUUGCCCAAGUGAGUCGUAUCCGCUGA